AUGACUUCUGCACCGCUGAAUCAAUCUUCCUCUGGCGUCGGGUUACCCAAGAAUUCGCAUCAAGGCGACUCGAGAUCUCGAGAGGGUACAGGCGAUAAUAAACCUCUGGUAGGCGCGUCUGCCUCUGCCAAGCCGGGACUGGCGACACAAGAAACUACUCGAAUGGAAACAGCACUUGGCGAUGCAGUCCUCCGAUUUCUGAGAAUCCGAAACGGUCCCAAGCAACAAGUAUACGACCUCGAUGCGAUUGCGACUCAGCCCAGCAUCUGGGAUGCAGAAAAUGUGGAAGAGUACAAGGCCCAAUAUCUACAUCCGCAGUGGGAGAACUGGUCGGCAUUCGAUCCUGCUUUUCGCUGGACGUGGAGAGAAGAACGCGCAAUACGACGCCAGGUCGAUUGGAAGAUCAUGGUUUGGGUCUGUGUCAUGUUUGCUGCUCUCAACAUUGAUCGGGGCAACAUAUCCAAUGCCGUCUCGGACAACAUGCUCGAUGACUUGGGCCUUAGUCAGGCUGAUUAUAAUCUUGGCCAAACUAUCUCUCGAGUCGGUUUCUUGGUCGCAGAGCUCCCUUCUCAGCUUAUUUCUAAAAGGAUCGGCCCCGACCUUUGGAUUCCGAUCCAAAUAUGUCUCUUCAGCACGGUUUCUGGCUUGCAGUUCUUUCUCAAAGGCCGGGCUUCUUUCUUGGCGACACGUUAUCUGAUUGCAACAUUUCAGGGUGGCUUCAUUCCCGACACAAUACUCUACCUGAGCUAUUGGUACACAGGCACGGCGUUGCCAAUUCGACUAGCAUGGUUUUGGAUGUCAUCUCAGCUGGUCGACAUUGGUGUAGGGUUUGCUGCUGUUGGCUUGGUAUCAAUGCGCGGUGUUUUGGGCUACGAAGGAUGGCGAUGGCUGUUUUUGAUCGAAGGUGCCUUUACUUUCGCAAUCGGUCUUGCAUCAUUCUUUCUCAUGCCUCAGUGUCCGGCCAAAACUAAGAGUUGGUGGAAUCCCAAAGGAUACUUUACCGAGAAAGAGCAGAAAAUUAUUGUCAACUCGGUCAUUCGCGAUGAUCCUCAGAAAGGCGGAAUGUUCAAUCGGCAAGGUCUAUCAGUGUCGCAAAUCUGGGAAUGUGCAAAGAACUACGACAUGUGGCCGCUCUAUGCACUCGGCUUGUUGUUUGGUAUUCCAAAGUAUCCGGUCAAUCAAUACCUGACGCUCUCUUUUCGAAGCCUUGGGUUCAAUGUUGUACAGACGAACCUGCUCUCGAUUCCCUGGAUUGUCGGCUCAAGCAUCACCAUGCUACUCGUCACUGCCCUCAGCGAAUUGGUGAAUAACAGGAGCUUCGUAUCAAUGUUGGAAGACGCCUGGUUACUCCCUUGCUUUAUUGCACUCCUGACUGUUCCGGAUCCGAGUGGCUGGGAAUACUUUGCUAUCGCUACUGUUCUCCUCUCAUUUCCCUAG